AUGAAAACAACAACAAAUUAUGAAAACAGCGAGAGCCCGUUGCCGUGCCCGUACCUGGCCCGUACACUGUCCGUCUGUCUCUGUCACCUCGUAUACUCAAUGGAUAAGAGAGAACUUUUUGAGGUUAAGGACGAUGAAGAACAAAGGGCAAAAUUGCAAGACAUUUGCGAUUUACUCUUGGCUGCUGGCUAUUUCCGCGUGAGACUCAAAGGAUUGUCUGCCUUUGAUAAAGUGGUAGGAGGCAUGGUCUGGUGCUUGGAACUUUGUGCCGUUGAUGUUGACGUCAACUUCUUGUUUCGAGAAAAUCUCAACAUUGGUGAAAAAAUUGAAAUCACUGAAAAAAUUAUUAAUGUUUUAUUGUCAAUCAAGUGUGCUUAUGCCCUUGAACCUCACCAAAUUCAAGGACUUGACACAGUAAAAAUCCUUCCUGUGAUGCAGUGGUUGGUGAAGAAAGCCAUGGAAACAAGAGAAUCUCUCAACGAUCACUUGAGAGAAAUUGCUGACCUACAAUACCAGAAGACCUUCCCUUUACCUGAAUCAGAAGUGAAAUUGCAAGAGACAGCCAAGAAUCUACCCAAAUUAUUCCUGCCUCAGAGGAAAUUCAAGAAAGUCCAGGGUCAAUCCCUGCCAAUAGAGAAAGAGGUUGUUUCUACUUUAAUGGAAUACGGCUACAACAAGGUCAACCUUCUUGAUGACACCCAACAGCUGGUGGAGAAGACGAUGAAGAGCGAGAAAAAGCUGGAAAAUCGAGCCAUCGCCCAUAAAGUUAGCAAUCUCAUCCACCAGCAAGCUGGCUUCAUAAGUCAAACGAUUGAUGACUACACCCAACGCCAGAACGAACGCGAAGGCGAGCGGGAUGAGCGAACUCAUUUGGAGGAACGCAAUAAGAAAACAUCGGAAGCUCUGGAACGCGUCUGCAAUCAAAUCGCCUCGCAGCAACAGGUGAUGGAUCAGUUGAAGGCCAAGAUCGGCGAUCUUAUUGCGUCAGAAGAAGUUUUGGAGCAGCAGAAGAAAUCGCUCGCAGCCUUGGAGACUGAGGAGAAUCGCCAGACCUUGGAUCAGCUUGAUCGCCUCGUAAGCCAGAACGAAGCGGCCAAUGCACAGCGGAAGCAAUUCAAAAAUCAAUGUAAAACAGAGCUGGAAGAACUUCAGUCACGCAACGAGGCAUUAUUAAGCAAAGAAGAGGAAGCUCCAGCCAAUCAAGAUCACCUCAAGCGGCAAGUGGACAGUGCCCGUGAGCAGCUGGCUGGCGCCCUGAAAAUUUUGGGUGAGAAGAACGUGAAUUUGAUGAAAUUGCGACGCCAGUUGGACGCCGUGCCGGGCAACUCUGAAUUGAAUCAGUACCAACGACGUUUCACCGAACUCUGCACCCAAGUUAAUGAGAAGCAAACUGAAUUGAACGGCUAUUACUUGCUGUACAAUACGUUGGAGGACACGAAAGUCUACUUGAACAAAGAGCUCUCACUGCUGACCUCAAUCCACGACUCAUUCAGUCAAUCAAUGACGAGUUCGGCCGGCAAAGGAGAAUUCCUCCAGCAAAUGGAGAAAAUCGUCACCGCCGUCAGGCAAAACAAGAAUAAGAUCGAGAAGCAGAUCGAAAUGUUGACGGAGAAACACCACGAUCUGGGCCGUUGCCUUGGCCAGUUUGCCGUCGAGGAGCACCAAUACCGAGACACGCUCAAGGCCAUCAGCCACGAGAGUCACAAGUAUAAGCAGUUGAUGUCGCAGUUGAGCGAUCACAACGACUAAAUGGGAGCAACGGACACAGUCGAGAAUUUUUUCGCCAUCCUAUUAUUAAAAAAGGAGCCUAGAAUAAUGCCGUCGUGAUACGCCAUAAAUCCACACAUUCCUAAACACGUUGAAACUAAAACGCCAAAUGUAUUUACGAUGACGUGAUUAGCAUAUGCAUACACACACAAGAUCGUUUCGUUAACAACCAAGAAAAACAACAAUCACCGUUGUCUCUUUUUAGAGCGUAUAUAUAGAGCUAAUCUGGGAAGGAGAGAGAGUUUCACUUUUUGUUUUUUAUUAACAAUGUUGCAACAACCGGAUAGAAAUGGCUACGGGCAUCGUGCCAUAGAGCCCUUUUUGAGAUUUUUGUUCAAAAUUAUUAUUAUUAUUAUUACUGUCGCUAGACUUUUUAUCUUCAACUUUUUUUUUUGUUAUCGAAGAAAUGAUCGCCGAUAAAAAAAUACCUUCGUCUAUUAACAUUUUUUUUUGUACAUUUUGUUGUCUAAUUUUCCCAAACACAUUUCUAUACGCUUUCGCUAACGUUCGACCGACUGGAAACGGACAAAUAUUCGGACCCUCACGGCGGUAGUACACUGGCGUAUCAGGUCCGCACGGAACCUUUCAUUCGUAUCGUGAGUAAGUAGCAAAGAGAAAAAACAAAAAACAAAAAAGAAAUGGAUUAUCCCAAUGCCAAUGGGCAAACUGGGAAAGAAUUCCGUAAUGGAUCGACAUCUGUGUGACAUUAUUCGAUUACUACAGUCGUGGAGAUUGAGAGCAACGAGUUCUACUUUUUUUUCCCUCCUGUCCAUUUUUCUAUGUCAAAAUGAUUUGCGUGAACAGCAGCACACCACCACCACCACCGCUGCUGUGUGUCGGAAUAAUAAUAAUUUAACCAAUGCUAUUUGCCUUUUUUAUUUCCUCCUUUUGUGUCACAACUCUCCCCCCUUGGCGAGCAGCUCAGGUCUCACUCCCUAUUUUUCUGGACAUUUUUUCUUUUCUUUUGCAUCUCAUUUUAUUAAUUGUUCGUCGCGCAACAGAUGGCCCGACAGGGUGCCUCCACCUGUAUAUAUCCUCUCUACGAACAAACAAAACGGCAGUCUUUUACCUGCUGCUGUUUCGUGAUUUUUCGUGUUUCAAUGCCCGGCGUCAAAUCCACCCCCCAGCGGCUAUUUUGGCUCUUUUUUAAUCCGCCUCGCAUAUGCAGUGUCUAUCUACACACUAACGUGAGCGCAGACAUACUAUCACGUUCUCUUUUCUUAACUGUGUCUCCUCUCUCUCUCUCUGUGUGUGUGUGUACCUUUUUUUCCCGCCGCCCUGUCCCUUUACUAGCCCACCUGCUGGCCGGUUCCAGCAAAAGUCCAAUGCUCUUUUCUCUCUCUCUCUCUAGUAUCUACCUGUAAUAAUACAAGCGGCGCAGGGAUUGUGCGAGUUUCAGUGUUGUCCCCGCCUCGGUGAUAGCAAGACGUGCCCAUUUUUCUUUGUGUCUAUCCACUUUUUCUCCAAAACGUGUCUAGUGCUCCCCUUCUCAGUGUGUGUGUGUGUGUGUGUAACGAGUUUGAAAGAUUUUUAGUGGAACAAUCGAAAUCGCUCACCGCUAAAUCAAACAAGGAAAUUAAAUUCAGCGCAUGAUUUUGUCCGCGCACAUAACAACAUGAACGAAAAAGUAACUUUUCCGUGACGGAAGGUCGUGGGACAUCCUGUUUGAGAUAACAAAAAAAAAAAAAAAAAUCAUUUCUUAUCUGGCUUGUGAAAGAGAUUUAGAGCUCUACCUAGCUUUGUUGGGUUAGAUAAGACGAUUCAGUUCACGCCCGUUUUAUGCCUUCGAAUGAGUUGACACAUCGGAGGGAAAAAAAAAACUAUUGUCGCACUGAUCCCGUUGGCAUUCGCUUUAUCAGGAUCGCUUUCGUCGCGACAAAACGUGGCCAAGUGGCUUAUAAUGUAAUAUACGUCUAAUCUGAGCGCGCGGCAAAAUCCAAGUGAUUUUCUCUGACGUAAUUAGACGAGAUGAGCGACUGUAAGGUGCAACCGUUUUCACCCGCCAACCUAAACGUACUACAAACAGCGCGUCAUAAAAUUUACGAUUCAGAGAUCUAGUUUUUCACUUUUUUUUUCUGUGUGUCGGUGUAACUCGGUUGCGAAAUUAUUUUCAUUUACGGCUUAACCUUUUUUGAUUAUUCGGAAAAGUUGAUUCAGUAAUUAUCUGCAGUGCGUGAUAACGUGACUCUAUAAAUGUGCACCUUUUUCGUGAGCUUUCACUAGACAGAAAGAAAUGGAAA